AUGUCUCCUUUGCAAACUUCCGACCGACGACCUAUCGUCAUUUCUGGGCCUUCAGGUGUCGGUAAAGGGACUCUAUGCCAGAAGUUGAUCAACUCCUAUCCGGACAUAUUCGCGUUUACGGUAUCUCACACAACCCGCGGUCUACGGCCCGGCGAAGUCGAGGGAGUCUCCUACUACUUUGUCUCCCCUUCUUCCUUUCAAUCCCUGGUCUCCCAGAGCGGCUUUGUAGAACACGCGGUUUUCAGUGGCCACAACUAUGGUACCAGCAAGCAGAACAUCUCGGAUCUAACCGCGAGAGGGCUUAUUCCUGUACUGGAUAUUGAUGUACAGGGCGUUCAGCAGAUCAAGUCGAAUCCAUGCAUUGAUGCGCGGUAUGUCUUUAUCAAGCCACCGAGUCUUGGUGCCCUCGAAGAGCGGCUCAGAGGACGUGGUACCGAGAAAGAGGAGGCCAUUCAGAAACGACUGGCCCAAGCCAACAUCGAGCUCGAGUACGCAGACAUACCAGGCUUCUUUGAUAUGGUCAUUGUUAAUGACGACCUCGAGGAAGCGUAUAAGAAGUUCGUUGAAUUUGCGUCUGGGCCAUAA